AUGAUAACUGGCGAAAGUAUUCGCAAACGCGAGUUCAAAGCGAAAAGGGAUCCAAAAAGGAUCCCUUCACGACAAAGAAGAUCACAAUCGCUAAGAGCGAAUCUCGAGAAAAUUAUUGCAAAAAAAAGCAAUAAAAACCUAUCACCUUCAAAUUCUUUUUUGUCUUUUUAUUUGCAGGAACAAGCUCAAGUGAAAAUUGACAACGAGAAUUCUGGCGCUUCGAUUCUCAAGUGUUAUCAGUGUUGCGAGGAAAUCCCAAUCACGAAUGAUAUGAUUGCAAGUCUUCUAGGUCUCCAACUGCCAGACGACUCAUCCUUGAUGCAAGACAGUGACUCAACCUCAAGUACCUCACAAGCGCAAACAGUCACGACACAGUCUCCAACAACAACUAAGACCAGUUCGACUCCGAGCUCAGUUUCAAGUCCGGCAUCAACUAGCACUCCCAGUACGGAUUCAUCCACGGCUUCUGUAAUUACAGCUGAUGAUGAUGCUUUUGACGAUCACGGUACUUCCAUAGACAAUGCCCCAGUAGACGUAUCAACCAAUGUCGCCGACAAUAAAGACCCAGAACUCAAAUCAAUCAAACCCAGUCCACCACCAACCAAAUCCCUAGAAAAAAUCUGCAACGAAGACUGCCUCAGCGAUUGCGCAGAGUACCACAGAGCUGGCUUCACAAAAUCCGGAGUUUAUCGAAUCAAACUGGCAGUUUACAAAGUAAUCGAAGUCUUCUGUGACAUGGAUACUGAUGGUGGAGGGUGGACAACAAUUCAGCGAAGAGUCAAUGGCUCCGUCGAUUUUAACCGACCUUGGGCUGAUUACAAAAAUGGAUUCGGUGAUAUCGAAGGAGAUCACUGGCUUGGCCUGGAGAACAUGUACAGACUGACUCGCCAGGAAAAAUCGACGCUGAGAAUAGACCUCACGGAUUUCUUAGAAACGGUUCCAAUCAUGACCUUCUUUUUUCCAUUUUUGAAAUGA